AUCUUUUGCUAUUUGGGAGGUCAAGCAAGUCGCAAGUGGAUGGGCGGCACCGGGCCCGGUCCGGUCCAGUCCAGCUUAAAGCCCACAUCAAUUAAUUAAUAACUACUAUUUUCCAAUUAAAAAACAAAAGAAAUAUGGAAAUGAGAUGCAGGGAGACAGCUCGUGUGAAUGGGCGGAAAAGUAAUGGCAGCCAGAGGCAGGCAGCGGCGAGAAGCAAGAAGAAACCCGAGGCAAGCCGAGAAGAGCAAGCAAAUCAAAGCAAGAAAGGGUGUGCGAGAACAGCCUGUAGGCAGCGGCUGCCGCGGGUUGCGGAUUGUUGUUAGGGUUUGCUGCUGUUGGGCGCGUCGCGCCGUGGCGGUGGGGGCGGGAGGGGCGACGAGAUGAUGGAGGCGGGCGGAGCGGGAGGGAAGGACGAGAAGGUGCCGCAGUGGGGAGCGCAGGAGACGCAGGAGCUGAUCGCGGCGCGCGGGGAGAUGGAGCGGGAGUCCGUCGCCGCGCGCCGCAGCGCCAAGACCAUGUGGGAGGCGGUGUCUGCGCGGCUCCGGGAGCGCGGGUACCGCCGCACCGCUGACCAGUGCAAAUGCAAGUGGAAGAACCUUGUCAACUGCUACAAGGGGAAAGAAACUUCUGAUCCAGGAAAUGGUAGACAGUGUCCCUUCUUUGAAGAGCUGCAUGCAGUCUUCACAGAGCAUGCUAGAACUAUGCAACGCCAACUCCUUGAGUCUGAAUCUGGAGCCUCUGUUAAAAGGAAACUGAAGCGACCUAGUGGUGACAGGUCAUCUGGGGAGUCUGAUGAUGAGGACGAUUACGGUGAAGAAAGCGAAGAUGAAAAGUCCAUGCGUAGCAGAAAGAGGAAAGCUGAUGACAAGAAGCAACAAUCACAACGAGUGUCGGAGAAGUCAAGAACGGGCAUUUCAAGCAUCCAUGAACUGCUGCAAGAUUUCCUGGUGCAGCAACAGCGCAUUGACAUCCAGUGGCAGGAGACGAUGGAGAGGCGCGCGCAGGAGCGGCUCGUUUUCGAACAAGAGUGGCGACAGUCAAUGCAGAAGCUGGAGCGGGAGAGAUUGUUACUGGAACACUCGUGGAUGGAACGAGAGGAGCAGACGAUGCUGAGGGAAGAAGCACGAGCCGAGAAACGGGACGCGCUCCUGACCACUCUGUCGAACAAACUCCUGCAAGAAGAUCUAUAGCAGGGGACUCUUGGUCUUCGUUGGAUAACUGCUGUAGUGGACAUUGUUUUCUCACCGUGUCUCAUCAAUUCUUUGUAGCUCCUGCGCAUGUUGGCAUGUUGUUGUUCAAAAGAAAAUGUUUCUUUGUUUAUCGGAAAAGAAAAUGUUUCUUGUAGUAUUUGUAUUAGGUUUUUUGUAGGGCUCUUUUCCAGAUUUUUAGUGGAGUAAUGUUAGUCUUAUGUUUUAUUGUGCAUGUAAGUACCAUACUGUCAGGUAGGUCUACAGAUCAAUGCCAACAUGUUUGAUGAUAA